AUGUCUUCCUCAGUUGUUGCCUUGGAUAUAACUUUACCAGUGAAGCAAGCAUUCCAUGCUCUUUAUCGAGAGGGAAUAUCUAUGGCUCCUUUAUGGGAUUCUAACAAGUGCCAGUUUGUUGGAAUGCUUAGUGCGAUGGACUUUAUUCUAGUACUAAAAGAGUGGGAGAACAUACCCACAACAUAUGGUUCAUCUGAAGUUAGCUCAAUACCGAUUGUGGACAAUAAUGAUUCAUUACUUGAUAUAAAUUCAAGAAGAGAUAUUAUUGCAUUGGUUAAAGAUAAAGUGUAUGCAAGGAUAAGUCUGAGUGGGUUUAGUAUCCAUCAGGCAUUGCUUUUGGGACGAGAUGCUAGAUUUUCUUGCAGGCUUCACAAUGGACCGAGAUGUCAUAUGUGUUUGAGGUCUGAUUCAUUGCACAAAGAGCGCUUGGCAAAUCCUGGUGUUAGACAGCUUGUGGUCAUAGAGGCUGGCAGCAGGCUUGUGGAAGGUAUCAUUUCUAUAGGCAACGUGUUCAGGAUCUUGUUAAGUUAGUUGGGAAUAUAUGGCUAUCAUUUUGCAUGAAGGGAAUUGCAGGGGUAGCCCUGGAAAAGACUUGUGUUCUAUGAAAACAAGUUAUCUGAGUUAUUGCCCUGCCAUCAUGGCCAGCCUGCUUUUUAUAUAUAGGAUAGAAAUUGUAGAGAGAAAAGUCUGUAAAUUGAGAGAUUAGUUUUUUCUCCUUUAAACAACUUGAUGAUAUCAUGAUUUUCUCCUUUGUGCCGGCACAAAUGCAAUAUUUGUGUCCUGUGCUAACAGAAGAAAUCAAGGAGGAAAAAAAGAAUGGACUUGAUAGGGUAAUGCGGCACACCGUUGGUUGGUUGGAAUAGUAAAAGGUAUUUUGGGUUCCAUUAUGAUUCUAGUUUUCUCUUAGGACUGGCGAGUUCAUGACUUCAUGUUGCUGUACUUGCAUUUGAAUGAAUUCGUCUUUUCCUAAUGCAUCACUUGCCUGGCCUGCCAAGGCAAAUGGAUAGGACCAUAAUGCUAGUUAAACAUGAUAGUUAAUAUAUUUAUUAUCCAUUAA